AUGGCUCAGCAAUGGCUCCCCCUAGUAGCAACGAUAUGGCUCCAAUCGAUAAACGGGACGAACUCAAACUUCGCGGCGUACUCGUCGGAGCUCAAGAGAAUCCUCUCUCUAUCGCAGCUCCAGCUCAACAACUUAGCUUUCGCCUCCGACGCAGGCAAGCUCCUCGGCUGGAUUUCCGGCUUAGCCGGAGCCCACCUCCCCCUCUGGCUAGUCCUCUUAAUCGGCUCCUUCCUCGGCUUAGUCGGCUACGGCGUGCAAUACCUCUUCCUCACGAACCAAAUCGUCACUUCUCUCUCGUACUGGCAAGUUUUCGCACUCACCGUUCUAGCGGGGAACAGCGUUUGCUGGAUCAACUCCGUUUGUUACAUCAUAGCGAUACGGAAUUUCCCGUUGGAUCGUCAGAUAGCCGUCGGAUUAUCCCCCAGCUACGUGGGGUUGAGCCCCAAGGUUUAUACGGACGUAGUUGAUGUUUUCGUCGCUCCGAGUAAUUCGCCUUCCGAGAGGGCGACGUUGUUUCUUUUGUUUAACUCGGUCUUGCCGCUGGCGGUUUGCGUAGUGGCCGCGCCGCUUGCGAGAGACGUUGCUAUCGGGAAAUCGAAGGAGCUCUCCGGAGGGUUCUUGACUUUGUUCGUGAUUACGGUGGUUACGGGUAUUUUUGCUAUCGUUAGUAGUUUGGGUUCGAUGGUGACGAGGCUUUUGUUGCCGUCGAAGGUUGUUCUCGCCGGGAUGGUGGUGUUGUUGUUCUUGCCUUUGGUGGCUCCUUUGGUGGAGAAAAUUAGAGAGAAGGUGCAGCGCAAGUGUUCGAUACGAGUUUACAACUGCGGCAAUAAUAAUAAUAAUAAUAACAAGAAUAAUAAUUUGGAAAUCGAUGAUUUGGAAAUUGGAAAAAUGGAAACUAUUGUCGGAAUUGUGGAAAUCGGGGCGAAGGUGAUGUUGAGGAAAGUCGAGUUUUGGUUGUACUUCUUUGUUUAUUUAUUUGGUGGGACACUCGGUUUGGUUUAUAUGAAUAACUUGGGGCAGAUUGCCGAGUCGAGGGGGUGUUCGGGUACUUCUUCGUUGGUUUCUUUGUGUUCCGCGUUCGGUUUCUUCGGUCGCAUACUUCCAUCUCUCUUAGACUACUUUUUCUCAAAAACGAAGUUCGUGUUAUCGAGGGCGAUGGCAAUGGGAGCGAUGAUUGUUCCGAUGUGCGGAGCAUUCUUCCUAGUUGCGAUUAGCAAACAAGACUACUCGCUAUACAGCAGCACGGCAAUUAUAGGGAUAUGCACAGGUGCAAUUACUUCGUUAUCCGUCUCUGCAACCACCGAAUUAUUCGGGGCGGAGAAUUUCGGCGUAAAUCACAAUAUCUUGGUCUCGAAUAUUCCGAUUGGAUCCUUUUUGUUUGGGGGAUUUGCAGCGUUUCUAUACAAAAGAGAGAGAUAUCUCGGGGAAGAGAAUUGCAUGGGAGAGAGAUGCUACCAAACCACUUUCAUCAUAUGGGGUUCUUUGUGUCUUUUGGGAACUUUGUUAGCUUUGAUUCUUCAUGCAAGGACUAAGAAAAUUGCACAUAAUUAGUAUAAUUAGUAUAUAGUACAUAGAGAGGAUUUUUUUUUUGAACUUUUUUUUAUGAUGUGCUUAAUUUGUGAUUAUACAUUUGGACAGGAAUAUUAUAUUAUUUGUGUGAUUACAGU